AUGGGGAGGAUCAGCCUCAACGGCGGUGCGUCCACAGAUGACAAGAGCACGACCUCAAUUGCUGAAAGUGCUAACGGCCGCUCUGCUGUUGCCCACGUGCACAGCCCGCGACGCUCGCUGGCUCGCACCGCCUCGCUGCAGGAGAUACGCGUCGCGUACCGCUCUCUCUGCCGAAAGUGGCAUCCGGACGUAAAUAAGGACGCGGGAGCAGCCGCCAUGUUCAUGGACGUCAACCGAGCGUACGAGGCAGCGGUACAGGCGCAUGAGAAAGCGAGCAAGGCGAAGCCGCAACGGCCAGCGAGGAGAAAAGACGACUUCGACGAGUUCUGGGAUGACUUUCUGGGCGGCAAGCCGUCCACUCCCAAGGCGGAUCCGCGGAGAAAAAGACAAGGGAUGAAGGCGGGCACCGGCGGGGGAGGCGAGCGAAUGAGGGACCCCUUGGCGUGUUCCUCGACGCCCUCCAACGCGUCUCCACUGUCAGACGCGAUGCUGAGCGAGGCAACUUCUUAUUCCUCCAAUCUUCUCGCGGCUUGCCCUAUUAAUCGGCGACGUAUUCGCACCAGAAGCGCGGUUCCCGCAACAGAGCGCAUCAAUUACAGUGCUUCACCAGCAACCCACGUGUCGUCACCGCUUCGUUCCCUUGGACUCCGAUCAAUUCGAUAUAGUCACAUCCGUAGAAGUGGAAUUUGUUCUGCACAACCAGCCACCCGCGGCAAUCAGGCCAAAGCAGCCAGAAAUGCAGCAGACACUGUAUCCCUUAUUACGCAGAGAGAGCAAUUGCAAGAGCAAAAACCGGAUACAGAACCGGUGUCCGCGCUAGAAUGGGCUUCUGUAUUGACACAGGACGGAUCGCGACGGUGUUUGGUCGGACUGCUGCUCUUCCUCGCAAUUUCCGCACCCCCCUACGUCCCCCUUACUGUCUUCCCCGAAUCGCGUUUAGCUACCCUCGCCGCAUCAACAACAUCAUUUACGUUACGAGGAGCAGCACCUGCGGCGGCGGCGGCGACGGAAGACAGCGCUUCAACAGAAACGCCAGACCUCUCCGCCGCCACCCCCGCGCGCAGGUCUCCCCCGCGCGUGGUGCUCCCCCCGCCGCCGUACCUGCGCGCGGCGGACGUCGCGGCGGAGCGCGCAGCAUUUGAGUCGCGCGUGGAUAGGGCAGUGCGCGCACUGGAGGAUGGGCGGAGGGCGCAGGCGGAAGGUCGGUGGGCGGACGCCCUGGCGCUCUACACAGAGGUGCAGGAGCAAUACCCGGACCUGGCGCUGUCAGUAUACGGUAAAGCAGGGCGUGCUCUUAUGGAGUACCAAGUGGGUGACAUGCGCACGGCGGUUACCCGGUUACGAGUGCUCAGCGUGGAGUUCAAGGGGUACCCUGAGGUGCACGCAGCACUGGCAGCAGCGCUGUACGUGGAGGGAGGGGCAGCAGCGGCAGAGCGGCAGUUCACCAUUGCCACUCUCCUCGAUUCCCGCUACUCCAACCUCGCAUGGCUUGAGUCGGAGCGGCACUGGCCGGCCACGCUGCUGCUGCACAUGAAACGCUUCCUGCUGCUGCAGUGA